AUGUCACCCAAAUGGCCGUCGACAAUUAAGGAUGCUACUUCUUGCAACUCGGUGAGCGAAACAGGUAACGUGGCCAAAGAGAUCAGUUCCGCUUCGCCAGCAUUACCAAGGAAAAUACUACUUACCAAGCGAAACCAUUCAACCAUGGCUGGGGAUUCAUCCGGUCAUGGUCAGGCCGUUGCUUCGGCCAAGCCUAAAGUAGUCUUAAGGCCUAAAUCUCUUGUCAUUUGUACUGGCCUAAAGACUAGCAUGACGUACGAGUCAAGUAGUGAUGAAGAUGAUGAUGGAAUAGCAAAAGCUCCAACAAAACGGCCCAAGAAAGAUCCCGUCAUUGAGGAUCUGCCUGACCUUUCCUCACCCAACCAUUCUCAAGAAUUCAUAGGCUUUGAGACCAAAGACCAAUUUGAUUCGUGGUCGACAAUACUGUCAUAG